AUGUCAAAAUGCUCCGCUGAUCAGGAAUACGAGUCCUGGGAUGAUUUUCUUUACCACUAUCGUCAAGGACGUUUCCCAAGUGACUUCCCCACUUCACGACCAAAGGCCGUCACAGCAUUCCCUCCCACCCCUCCUUACAUUGGUCCUCCUGACCAGUACCUCCCUUAUCUGGCCCCGCCCUUGCCUCUGAACGAGGAGAAACGUCUCCGUGCCCUUCACAGCUUCCAACUCUUGCGGACAGACCCCGAUCCAAAUUUUGAACAUAUUGUCCAAUUGGUUGCAAAUGUCAUGGGUACCAAAGGGUGUGUCAUCACUUUGGUGGAUCAUCUUCAAGUAUCUACAAAAGCCCAAUAUCCUAAUGCUUAUACAGAAGCCCCACGCCAACAUUCAAUCUGUUCACACACCAUUCUACGAUCUUCAAAAGAUCCGUUGGUUGUAUUGGACACCUACGCUGAUUGGCGCUUCAAGGGUUUACCUUCUGUUGAAUCAGAGCCGCAUAUUAGGUUUUAUGCUGGAGCACCAUUAACAACUUCAGAUAACCUGAAUAUUGGGGUACUAUGCCUUUAUGAUUUUGAGCCACGAACAUCUUUUUCGGAAAAGGAUCGAAAGCUGCUGACUGACUUCGCUGCUGUAGUUAUGAGAGAGAUGGAAUUGUGGAACGAUCAGGCGCCUCUUCCAACACCGUCUGACAUUUUUGAAUCAGUCCCGAAAACAUUGGAUAAUGAAUCAAUGUAUGCAUCGACACCAUUGGAGCCGGCCUUUCCUACACCUACAGGCUCUCCAACAUUGCUCUCAUGCGCGUUUGCGCCACCUUCAUUGGGCUCAUCAGAGUCGACGCCUGCAACUGGUGGGAACUCCUUGCAAGAUAAAGCAUUUCCCGCUGCAUGUAUCAUGCUCCAAGCAACGCUCAAUGUCGAUGCAGUUUACCUCGUACAAGCUACAGACAAUCAGUCCAUUAUCCCGCCUUCGGAAUCUUCUGUCGUCUGGAAUUACCUUGAUAAAACAGGACGUCGGAAAGGGGCCGUUGGAGUGGUGAAAGGAGGUCAAGAAGGCUUGCCUUUAUGCACUCCUGCGCAGGAUGCAAACGAAAAUGACUGGUUUGGUGCCCCCACGAAUCCUGCUACGGUUAAGGACCCAAGCUGUCAGAAACAGCUAUGCCAUACCUUUGAGGGUACAUUGCGGUUGCUUAAAACAGGGGCCACGACGCCUUAUCGAUCGGCCUUGAUUGUCCCUAUCUUGGGACCAUCAUCAUCUUCAAAUGAGAUUACUAUGGAUAAUGAACCAUGGGCGUACUUUGUUAUCCUUUCCUCUUCUCACACAAAACAGUUUUCAUUUCAUGAAAGGAUCUACCUCAAAAACUUUGGAUCUUGCCUUGUCACUGAGGUUAUGAAGAAGCGAGUGGAAGCAGCCGAUAAAGCCAAAGGCACUUUUAUCAAGAGCAUCUCACAUGAGCUUCGAACGCCGCUGCACAUUAUCCUUGGUAUUCUCGAGCUACUUUAUGCUAAUCCGGAGGAGCCACUAAGUAAUGCACAGAUGGAUAUGAUUGCCACGGCUGAGGCAUCAGGCAAGAACUUAAUUGACACAAUCAACAACAUCAUCGAGCUCGCAAAUCUUGACCCUGAUAAUGAUAUGGAGACUCGAGAUAAUAGCGGAGAUCAUAAAACGAAGCCCGCUCCUGAAGUUGAAGAGACUGUUAUUGAGGACACAGAUAUUCGUGAUUUGUGCCAGAGCGUCGCUGAGUCAAUGGCAAAAGCUUGCACUGAAAAGAACGUGGUUGUACUGCCCUCUUGGACAAAGCACUCCCCUUCCUCACUGUCUUUAUCAACCUCAAACUCGGCCACAGGAUCGACAACGAAUAUUUCUACUUCAUUUGUUGGUACAAUACCGUUCAAACGAGGGAGCUUUAGCUCACAUGAAGACUCUCAUAGUGGCCAUAAUUCCUCAUUUGACUCCGUCCACAGUCUUGCAGCACGCAGUUUAAAACCUGAGCGUAAAGCUGUUCUGGAGCUUCUAGUUGCUAUGGAUGAGCCGGAAUGUGCUCCAGAUCAAGGUGUUAUAUGGAACUACUCACUAGAUGUGAAGUCUGUCACCCGCAUUUUGACCCAGCUCGUUGAGAACGCCAUUAAGUUCACUACAGCCGGGUUCGUAGAGGUUUCAGCAAAGCCCCUAAUUAACAGCCCUAUCCCUAUAAAACAACCGUAUCCAGGCGCCCAAGCUAUUUUGUUCACAGUACGUGAUACUGGGAAGGGUAUUUCACCCGAAUUUGUCCAAUACCAUCUUUUCAAGCGGUUCUCGCAAGAAGACCCGCUCCAGGUCGGUACAGGCCUUGGUAUGGCGCUUGUCAAAGAGCUUGUUCGAAAACUUGGUGGAUGGAUGGAGGUUUGGAGCGAAGGGAUUGAGGGAAGAGGCUGUGUGGUCAAGGUACUUCUUUGGGCGACUCCUGCCUCUCAUCAGGUGAAAUCUCUGAAGAAAAUUAGCGGCCCCUGGCAAGAGGCUUCUUGUCGGUUCUAUUCUGGAGAGCCUUCCGUUGGUGCAGACCGCUUGUUCGAGAUUAUGGGCAGGCGUUUGAUGGGUCAACAACUCAACAUGAACGUGGAGAAAGGUAAUGAGGAAGAUGCCAGUCCUGAAGAUAUGCUCAAGGAUCUUUGUGACCAAUCUCACUGUGACCUUCUGGUUAUCAACGAUGACCUCAUUCGUCUCAAGGCAUACUUAUCGUAUUGGAUCGAUUAUCAUCGUACAAUCGAGGUGGGUGACAUUAAAAACCCUGUUACGCCAACACCACUGUUGAUGGUUACGUCGCCAUCGAAUGUGAUGAACGUUCAGAGACUCGUUGACGAGUAUUUGGAAACACCGAUCGAGUCCGAGUCUAUUGAACGCCCCGCAAGCAUUGUGAUCAUGACCAAACCAAUCGGGCCCAUCAAGUUAGUGCAGUGUUUACGUGAGUGUUUCACCCCUGCUUUCUCUAGUCCUCACCUUGAAACCCCGCAUGGAUCGCCACGGCUCUCAGCCAGCUCAGAACCAAUACAAUUGCAGCCAAUGCCUUUGCUUUGCUCUGCGACAGUGCCUUAUAUCAUGGCAACCACCUCGGGUGUUCACGAUACCCGUCUGUUGUCGGCGGGAACAAUGAUUAAGCAGUCGUUUACGUCCCCAAUGACGCUUCAAGGCGGCCAACAACUAUCAAUAGUUGUCGCUCCUCACUCUCCUGGCGGACUUGUCCCUCCUCCAUGGACGUUACCUGCAGGACCGAGUCCUGCCACAACGCCAGAGCGUGAGGUUUGCCUCCCUGGAAGCGCCACAACUCAAGCCGACGAUCAGUACCAGCUAAAUUGCCACCUUGCUACACCGCAGUAUCUUCACCUUGCUCCAGUCCUUGACCCGAACCUAGAGGAAUUCAGGGCUAAUAUCGAUGUUACUGUGCCUAAGCUUCGACCCAGACGAUCAAUCUGGGAUAAUCAGGCCAAGAAGAAGCAACAGGGGUAUGUUGCUGCUUCUUCUACUGCUGCCACCUCCACAGCUGGUGAUACUGUUACUAUCUCUUCUGCUCCAAAAUCAACAUCGACAUCGGCAUCGGCAUCAGGAAGUAGUAAUGAGGAUGGUCCUACCAAAGAUAACGAGACGUUGAAAAAGCCUGUUCCUCGCGUGUUGAUUGUUGAGGACAAUAUCACCAACAGGAUGAUCUUGCGGACAUUCCUGAAGAAACGUGGUGUAAGCGUGGUUGAAGCCGAGAAUGGCAAGAUUGGUGUGGAGCGAUUUCAAGAAGAGGUUAAGCGCCGAGGCGGCAAAAGUGGUUUUGAGUUUGUAUUGAUGGAUCUGCAGAUGCCAGUGAUGGACGGCAACAUGGCCACGAAGCGAAUCCGCGAGUUUGAGCAAGGUCUGAUGGAGCAACAAAAGCUCUCGGAUCUAGCAAAAACUCAUAAAAGCAGUAGCGAUUCAAUAUCGGAAGAGCAAGGAUAUUGCUCUACAAUCAUUUUUGCAUUGACCGGCCUUGCAGGGGAUGAGGACAAGCGCCUGGCGUUUGAGUGUGGGGUCGAUGGAUAUAUGACCAAGCCUGUGAGCCUGAAGGUACUGGGAUCAUUGAUGUCAAGCUGCAUGCCCUCGAAUGAAGAGGAUCUGGUCAGCCAUGCCGGUUUAAAGUCACCCCAAGCGACAAAAGAGACGGCUGACCAUAUCUAA